GGCCCUGGGGCUGCCCGGGGGAGGCGGCUGGCGGCUGGGCUGCUGCAACGCGCGGUGAGCUGAGGGGCUCGGGGCCGUCCCUUCUGGCUGGGUUGUAGUGUAGCCGGCAGGGCCGGGGGGUGAUCGUCCCCCUGUGCUCUGCUCUGGUGAGGCCACGCUGUGCUGUGUUCUGCCUUGGGCCCCUCGGCACAAGAAGGACAGCGAGGCGCUGGAGCGUGCCCAGAGAAGGGCUACGGAGCUGGUGAGGGGCCUGGAGCACGAGUCCUAUGAGGAGCGGCUGAGGGAGCUGAGGGUGUUUAGGCUGGAGAAGAGGAGGCUCAGGGGAGACCUCAUUGCUCUCUACAGCUACCUGAAAGGAAGGUGUGGGGCGCUGGGGUCGGCCUCUCCUCACAGAUAACUAGUGAUAGGACUAGAGGGAAUGGCCUCAAGUUGCGCCAGGGGAGGUUCAGGUUGGAAACGAGGAGACAUUUCUUCUCAGGAAGAGCGGUCAGGCAUUGGGAUGGGUUGCCCAGGGAAGUGGUGGAGUCACCAUCCCUGGGGGUGUUCAAGGAAAGGUUGGACGUGGUGCUUGGGGACAUGGUUUAGUGGGUGACGUUGGUAGUAGGGAGGUGGUUGGACCGGAUGAUCCUGAAGGCUUUUUCCAACCCUAAUGAUUCUGUGAUCCUGCACGUUAGGCUUAUUUGGAGUUGCACCCAUGCUGACCCAUGGGGUGAAUGCCAGGGCUAGCUGAAUGGCACUGUGUUGGAGGCCUUGUGAUCCCUGUCUGAGGGGGUGCCAGCCAGGCGCAGAAGAAGUGAAUGUUUUGAGGUCACGGGUAACUUUUAAGAUGUGCACAGCCACCAUCUGUGUUAGGAUGUCUGUGGUGUAAAAGCUGGUAUUCAGUCUGAGCUGGUUGUCCCAGGGCCUCUGAAUAUUCAGUGAAAAGAACAGAUGCCUCCAGUGAAUCAUUCUUCCUUCCUGUGUGCAGGUUGUGCACCAUGUGGAAGCUUCCUUCUUUUCUGGCUCGGACGCUCACUUCUGGGACCAGUGGCUUGCCAUUGCUUCCAGAUAUGGCUGAAGGACACUUACCCAUUCAUGUGAAUAAUGUGCGAAGCAGAUUGAGGGAUAUAGUGGGAGCAUCUACCAACUGGAGGGAUCAUGUGCAAGCAAUGCAAGAAAGAAAAGCUCUUCAUACUUUACUGGCAAAACGUCAGGAAGAUCUCCCCCCUAGAAGAAUGAAAGAUAGCUAUUUGGAAGUUAUUCUGCCUCUAGGAAGUCAACCUCAAAUAAGAGAGAAGUAUCUGAAUGUAUACAACAGCGUAAGGUUUGGAAGGAUACUUGAAGAUCUUGACAGUUUAGGAGUUCUUAUUUGCUACACUCACACAAAGCAGGAAAAGCAGCCAAGGUCUCCCUUAUCGAUAGUUACAGCCCUGGUGGAUAAAAUUAAUUUGCGCAAGAAGGUCGUACACCCUGACUGUGACAUCAAAUUCACGGGCAAUGUUUCCUGGGUUGGAAAGACCUCAAUGGAAGUAAAGAUGCACAUGCUGCAGUUUAAAGGUACAAUCGUUUCCUGUCUCUCUCAGUUGCACGACGGUGAUUACUGCCCUGUGUUAGAUGCAACCUUUGUCAUGGUGGCCCGGGACCCAGAAAACAAACGGCCGGCAUUUGUUAAUCCACUCAUUCCUGAGAGCCCUGAGGAAGAAGAAAUCUUCAAGCAAGGCGAAAUGAACAAGUUAAAGAGGAUUGAUUUCAGCACUGCUUCGUUACUGAAAAUGGCUCCCACUGCAGAAGAAAGAAACAUUGUUCAUGAUAUAUUCCUGAAUACAUUGGACACAAGGACAGUAAGUUUUCGGAGUCGUGUAUUACCGCCCAAUUCAGUCUGGAUGGAAGAUGCAAAGCUAAAAGGCCUACAGAUUUGCCAUCCUCAGGAGCGGAACAUCUUCAACAGGAUCUUUGGGGGUUUUCUAAUGAGAAAGGCAUUUGAACUGGGAUGGGCGACUGCUUGCAGCUGUGGGGGUUCCAGACCUUUUAUUGUAUCUGUUGAUGAUAUCAUGUUUCAGAGGCCAGUUGAGGUUGGAUCCUUAUUAUUGCUUUCUGGACAGGUCUGUUACACGGAGAAAAACUACAUCCAGGUUCGAGUGCACAGUGAGGUGUAUGAUGCAGAUACUAGAGAGCACCACACAACCAACAUCUUCCAUUUUACAUUUAUAUCAGAAAACGAGGUUCCGCGUGUUGUCCCCAAAACAUACGGAGAGUCCAUGUUGUAUUUAGACGGGAAGCGACACUUUGCUGCAACCAUGAAAGAAAUCUGAGAGGCACUGAGUGCUGCACCAGCAGUGUAUCAGCAUACUGUCUUAGAAUGAAUGAGUCAUCACCAAGGAUGGCUAACAAACAAGUGCUCUCAAUACUAAACCAAAAUAAAAAAACCAACCCCCCCUUUUUAGUACUAUUUAUGUAUUUGCAUAUAAGUGGAUUUUUUAUUCUCCGCUACUAGGAUUUCUUGAAAUUUCCUUUGACACACCAACUCUGUUAGGAAAUGAGGCUGAAAAAAUACAAUCAUACUUUGCUUUGAGAGAUCUUGUUACCCCCCUUGCUGUCUUGUCACCAUCUGCCUUUUUUCCCUUGGUAGCUUCCCUUUGUGCUUCUCUGACAACGGAUAGAAAUUCUAUCAGAAAAAUGUGUGCAAUAAGUAGAUACAGAUGAAGCCAUUUGACCUUUAUUCUCAUGUAAAUUAGGUUUAGGGUCUUGUUUUUCAAGAAGGACACUGGCAUUUGGGUUGCAACAGAAGCUCAGAAGUUAUUAGUGUGCACAGUGUACAAGCAGGUAUUUUGGAUCCAUCAUUUUGGAUUUUACAAGGUUGUUGCAGCUUCUUUUUUAUAUGGUUUCACGUUCACCUGGUAGACUUUUUUGCAAUGAUGUGAGGUUGCUAGAUGGUCUGUUCUGACAUUGUAGGCAUACAGCCAGCCCUGACAGCCUCUUCUAAUUUUUUUGUUUGCUGCUGUAACUGCAUGCUAGUUCCUGAAUGAGUAAUUUCUUGUAGCAUAUGGAAUAGUGAUCUGAGUGGUGAAAUUUUGUAAGACUGGGAAAUGGUAUUGUAGAGCAGAACUGGGAGCAGAGAAGGAAAAUAGAAGGAAAAUGCUGCUGAAAUGGUAAUGGUUCUGUUUGAUUUGUGCAGGAAUUAAGGGCCCAGAGGAUCAGUGCUGAGCAGCUCCCGAGUCAGGUGCUGAGAGGUUUGUUUGUUGUUUUUUUUUUUUUUUUUUAUUGGACUGAGCAGUGGAGAUGACAUCCUCCACAGCUGGGUUAUUUGUGUGGUUACUCACACUUCACUACAGUCUACUGAGGACUGCACAGCUUUUAAAGUUGUUGAGUUUACCUAUGAAGGAUGGAGCAACUGAGCACCACAGAAUGGACACCAAAGUGGACAUAACUGUAGUGUAUAAGUAGCAGGAAGAAAGUAGUUGAUACUGAAGUGCUUCUGAUGUAGUGGAGAAAGCUUUCAUCUGCAAUAUCUGGCAGAUAAAGCCCAACAUACUGAAAUUAGGAGGAUGAGUGGAUGGAAAGCAUCAGCUUUUAGCAGUGGGGAUGAUGAGUCACAAGCACAAAACGUGGGCUUGGAUACCUUCAAAUCAAGACUGAUGUUCUGGGUGAGUAAGGCGGACACCUAAACUGGAGUAAUUGGGCUCCAUGGCAGUUUAAAUGGAUCAACUGUGGUGUUUUAUAAUCCAGGAGAACAGACUUAUGUGUCCCUUCUAAGUUUAAAGUUUGUGAAAUCAGGAAGCACUGGGUAAAAGUGGUGUGACAGCACAGAUGCACGAAAUGAGUUGAUAAAACAGGGUGUUGAGAUUUUUAUUUCAGAGUAAGAAAGUUUAAAAAUUUAAUGUUUAGAAGCAACUUUAUUUUUGCUGGAAGGAUAGUGUGACGUUCAUGGCUCCUGGAAGCUGACUGUUACUCCUGUAAAGAGACUGAAUGUUACAACCGCUAGCAUGUAACACAUUGGCCUUUCUAAGAAUUUGCUGCCUGUAUUUGUAAGUUAGGCAGCUUUCCAGUGCAGGAACAGGGUUGUUACCUGAUCCAGAUGGGAUUAAUGCAUUGCAGAGAGAUCAAGCUUCCAGAUCCCGAUGUAGUUUCUCCCUUCGGUUACACUCUGUUGCUGAUUCAGCUGUUUUUAGUCAUUUACUGUAAUGGUUAUGCCACUCUGAGUAUGUAUUAUAUUUUCUGUUUUCUUUAUUUUUAAAACUCUUUUGAAGCUGAAUAUACUUGACUGACCAAACAAAUAAAGAACUGAAAAUCUAUCCCA